AUGACAUCGUCGUCGGACGCCAAUGGCAGGCAGGCCAAUAACCGUUACGACCAUGGCCACAACCCACUCGCUCAUGCCCACACCCGCGGCGACAUCGACGAAACUAGGCUGCCCGCCUUCGGUGGUGAAUUCCAACCUGGUUUAUGGAAGUCAGCGGAGCACCGCAAGUUCGCCAACCCAGCACCUCUGGGUCUGUCGGCCUUCGCGCUGACCACCUUCGUCCUGUCUCUCAUCAAUAUGAACGCGCGUGAGGUCAACGUUCCCAAUGUCGUCCUGUCGUUAGCAUACGCCUAUGGAGGCGUGGUGCAGCUUCUGGCCGGCAUGUGGGAAAUGGCCGUGGGCAACACUUUUGGUGCCACUGCCCUCUCCUCAUACGGUGGUUUCUGGGUGGCCUACGCCAUCCUUCUGACUCCAAGCGCUGCCGCCCUCUCUGCGUAUGAGGACCCCGCCGAUGAGGCAUCGGUCUUGGGGUUCUUUCUGGCCGGCUGGUUCAUCUUCACCUUCAUUCUGCUCAUGUGCACCCUGCGCUCUACUGUCAUGUUCUUCCUCCUCUUCUUCACCCUUGACCUGGCUUUCCUGAUGCUGUCUUGCGGCGAGUUCGCCAAGUCCAACGGCGCUGCUUCUUCGGCCAAAAGACUCACCCAGGCGGGUGGAGGCUUUGGUAUUCUGGCUGCCUUCUUAGCCUGGUACAAUGCCUUCGCUGGUAUUGCCGACUCUAGCAACUCCUUCUUCCUCAUCCCCGUCUUCCACUUCCCGUGGUCCGAGAAGGGCCGUGAAGCUCGCGGCAAGACCAACCGUGAGACCGUCUAA